AUGAAUACAGGUGUUAUUUCUCCAGAACAAGCACCAUCCUCUACGAAGUUUCCUUUACAAACAAAACAAGCAGCGCGAGUGAUCAAUGGUAUACAUACUGAAACAUUAAUUACGGGUUUUCGAGAUAAAAUUCUUGUAAUAAUUACACAAUACGGGAAAGUCGGAAGUUUGGCUUAUGUAACAUUCGACUCAGUUUCCUCAAAGUCGCUGUCGUCGUUCUCUACGAGCGUUGCCACUAACGUUAACUUUUUACUUGGUGGAUUUUCUUCUUUAUAUCAAUUGUAUGCAUUACAUAUUGCUACUAUAAUAGCAAACGAGAAUCCAAAUGAUGGACGGUCCGUGGUGAUAGGGUUAGCACUAAAGAAUGCUGUUAAUAGUGAAGACGUUGAUAAUAAAGAACUAAUUAAUUGCAUUGAAUUGAUG